GAGAGAAGUUGGCAGGAUUGUGCUCGGGCAGAGAAACUCUGAGUGGUACAAAGGGACGUGCCCAGAGUGAAGAAAUCAUGCUAAUUGUCUGCACCGAAGCUGGAGAACGCCACCCAAAAUGAAGAGAGAAAGGGGAGCCCUGUCCAGAGCCUUCAGUGCCCUGCGCCUCACUCCUUUUGUCUACCUUCUUCUGAUCCAGACAGGGCCCCUGCAGGGGGUGAACAUCACCAGCCAGGUCCGCCUGAUCCAUGGCACGGUGGGGAAGUCCGCACUGCUCUCCGUGCAGUACAGCAGCACCAGCAGCGACAAGCCCGUGGUGAAGUGGCAGCUGAAGCGGGACAAGCCGGUGACCGUGGUGCAGUCCAUUGGCACAGAGGUCAUCGGCAACCUGCGCGCUGACUAUCGAGACCGCAUCCGCCUCUUUGAAAAUGGCUCCCUGCUCCUCAGCGACCUGCAGCUCACCGAUGAGGGCACCUAUGAGGUGGAGAUCUCCAUCACGGAUGACACCUUCACCGGGGAAAAGACCAUCAACCUCACUGUGGAUGUGCCCAUUUCGAGGCCACAGGUGUCAGUGGCUUCGACCACUGUGCUGGAGCUCAGCGAGGCCUUCACCCUGAACUGCUCCCAUGAGAACGGCACCAAAACCAGCUACACCUGGCUGAAGGACGGCAAGCCCCUCCUCAACGACUCGCGAAUGCUCCUGUCCUCCGACCAGAAGGUGCUCACCAUCACGCGCGUGCUCAUGGAGGACGACGGCCUGUACAGCUGUGUGGUGGAGAACCCCAUCAGCCAGGGCCGCAGCCUGCCCAUCAAAAUCACGGUGUACAAAAGAAGCUCCCUCUACAUCAUCUUGUCCACCGGAGGCAUCUUCCUCCUUGUGACCUUGGUGACAGUGUGUGCCUGCUGGAAACCCUCCAAAAAGUCUAGAAAGAAGAAGAAACUGGAAAAACAAAACUCCCUGGAAUAUAUGGAUCAGAACGAUGACAGCCUGAAGCCAGAAGGUGAGCUCCCAGCGGCCCACUCGCCCAACCCAUCCUCACUCAGAUCAGUGGGCUUCUGGGAAAAGGCAGAACUGGGCCUCAAGGAAGCCGGCUCUGCAGGGCCCCUUCCUCCACCAACUGCCCGAAGACUGCAGAGCAGGGAGAGGUGCGGCCAAGCAGACACCCUCCCCCGAAGUGGAGAGCAGGAGCGGAAGAACCCCAUGGCGCUCUAUGUUCUGAAGGACAAGGACGCCCAGGAGCCCGAGGAGGAGCCUGCUCCGGAGCCCCGCGCCACGGAGCCCGGCCCGCCCGGCCCGCCCGGCUACUCGGUGUCGCCGGCUGUUCCUGGCCGCUCGCCCGGGCUGCCCGUGCGCUCUGCCCGCCGGUACCCGCGCUCGCCCGCGCCCUCCCCCGCUCCCGGUCGGACGCACACGUCUCCAUCCCGGGCCCCCGGCUCGCCUGGUCGCUCGAGCAUACUGCGGACUGCGGGCGCGCGCUUGAUCCGCGAGCCGGAGGAGGCCGCCCCGGUGGGGAUCAGCGCCUGAGCCGCCCGGGACCCGCCUUCCCGCCGGAAAGCCCGCACGCGCGGCGGCCGGGGAGGUGGGGAGGCCCGAGAGGCCAGAAAGCCGGGCGAAGAGAGGUCCCUGCAGGAGCGCACGGGCGCACGGGUCUCGCUCGAGGACGUGGAUGAGCUUGGGCUGAUGGAGGAGGCAGCGGGAGCCGGAGAUUCAGGGGUGAAACCGGGUCGCGUUUGCUUCUGGUUCGCUGGCAGUGUUCUCGGUGGAUAAAGGUUGUGCCCCCUUAGGACUACGUAGAUUAUUACAUUCCCGGCCCAGUCCUCCAAGGGUCUUACGGAAACUAACAUCAGUAACCUAACCCGCGACUAUCCCGCGCCCUUGCCACCCGCCUCCCUUCCCGCUGAAGGAACGCCUGGUUCCUGGCGCUUUGGGGCAAGCCCAGGCUACGGAGGCCUUUUGCUCAAAAUGCACAACUGUAAGGGAAGGGGAAGUCAGAUGCCGGUGACCGUGUGUACAGGGCACUGUUCUGAACAUCCGGAAAUCAUCGUGAAGGCAGCGCCUCUGGGCACCUGGUACCUGGGUACCUACCAGUUGAUGCGGGAGGAGCUCACGCACAUUCUUUUGCCCCCUGACCUGGGCCCUAGCGAGAACAAAGGAUUCCAGCCCCGGGCUUGGCCUCCUCCCACAGCCUCCGUCAGAGAGAGAGGCAUGCUAAGCGUUCCUUCUGUCUCUAUUCCUCGAGAGAGGGAUUCUCACUCACUCCCCUAGCCGAGAAAGCUAGAUCACGUGAAGAACCGUUUUUAACCCUCACACUUGUGCCUUCUGCCUGGCUUCCUUACACAACAAGCCUUUCAAACAAUCAUAAUCCCCCUUGAAAGGCUGUGGGCUCCCUCCAGCUGUGAGAGAAUAAGGUUUGACUUUCUAGAGAAAUGAAGUGUGGGGGGGG